CUUAUUCAAAAUCUGAUAUCCUCUUUGACAGAUUAUAAGUCAAAAGCUAAAAUCUCUGAAUCUAGAAUUCUAAAUUAUACAUCAUGCAUUACAAGUUGUACACUCAUAUAAUGAUCAAGAUUUUACAAAACCCAUAAACAUUAUCUACAACUUUGUUCAUAAGUUUUCAGAGUUGUUUGAAUCAUGAACUAAGAAGCCAGUUUUGUUGGGGCCAUGGGUGUUCAUCAUUUGAUCUUCAUCUUCCUCUCUUUAAGUUUGCUUCAGAUAUUCAUUAGCCCAACACUUUCACUUCCUCUCUGCACAGAUUCAAGAGCACCAUUUACACCCAAGACUCCCCUGGCUUUCUGUUCUUAUAAUCAGUCUUCAUGCUGCAAUUCGGCCCAAGAUUCGGAUAUACGAAAACGGUUUGAAUUAAUGAAUGUAUCCCGCCAAGACUGUGCUUCCCUUCUCAAAUCAAUCCUGUGCUCGCAAUGCGAUCCGUUUUCGGCCGAACUAUUCACAAUCUCCACAGGUCGUCGGCAAGUUCCUGUUCUUUGCAGCUCAACGGCUUCAUCACAAACUAACCAAUCCACAAACAACUUCUGCAAAACCGUAUGGGAUUCUUGUCAAAACGUACCCAUUGAAAACUCACCAUUGUUACAAGGCCAAGCUCCACCAGCAGCCAACACCACCACCAAAUUGACGGAUAUCUGGCCAUCAAGUUCCACUUUCUGCUCCAUAACCGGUGAACCAUCAACCAACGCUUCAGUAUGCUUCAAUGGAGAAAAAACCAUCUUCAACACAACAACAACUACAACCAAUGUCCCAAAAGGAUUGUGUUUAGAAAGAAUUGGUAACGACUCCUUCAUCGAUAUGGCGGCUUACAAUGACGGUUCCAGCCGCGCCUUGUUUGCGAACCAGAAAGGUCAAAUCUGGCUAGCCACUAUUCCAGAACCGGGUUCUGGAGGCUCACUACACAUAGACGAAUCGAACCCGUAUCUAGAUUUAACUGAUGAGGUUCAUUUUGACACUGCAACGGGGUUGAUGUCCAUAGCCAUUCAUCCAAAUUUCACAAGUAAUGGGCGGUUUUUCGCCUCAUUCAAUUGUGAUAAAUCCGACCGGCCCGGGUGUGCUGGAAGGUGUGCUUGCAACUCUGAUGUGAACUGUGAUCCUGCGGAACUAGAACAUGAUAACGGGGUGCAGCCGUGCCAGUAUCAAGCUGUGGUUGCAGAAUACAACACGAUUCCAAGCGUUUCAGCGGAAGAAACAAGGCGGAUCUUCACGAUGGGGCUUCCGUAUACGGGGCAUCAUGGUGGACAGAUUCUAUUUGGACCUGAUGACGGGUAUCUCUAUUUUAUGAUGGGCGAUGGAGGAGGCGUUGGUGAUCCUCAGAAUUUUUCCCAAAACAAAAGGUCGUUGUUGGGAAAAAUUAUGAGGUUGGAUGUUGAUAACAUACCAAGUGAAGAAGACAUCUCACGACUCGCGCUAUGGGGAAACUAUUCUAUUCCGAAGGACAAUCCAUAUACCAAAGACAAUGAGUUGCUACCGGAAAUAUGGGCAUUGGGAUUACGUAAUCCUUGGCGUUGUAGUUUUGACUCGGAAAGAUCAUCCUACUUCAUUUGUGGUGAUAUAGGCCAGGAUGAAUACGAAGAAGUGAACUUGAUCAUGAAAGAUGGGAACUACGGGUGGCGACUUUACGAAGGACCUGGUCGUUUCUCUCCUUUGCAAACGUCUGGAAGGAACUCGUCAGUGGGUUCCAUCAAUCCGAUUUUUCCAGUGACAGGUUAUAGCCAUUAUGACUUAAAUAAGAAGGAAGGCUCAGCUUCUAUUACCGGAGGGUUGUUCUAUAGAUCCAACACUGAUCCAUGCAUGUAUGGAAGUUAUCUGUAUGCAGAUCUUUAUGCAACUGCAAUGUGGGCAGCCACUGAAAUGCCUAAAGAUAGCGGGAAUUUCACUUCAAGCAAGAUUCCAUUUACAUGCGCCUCAGACUCUCCUCUACCAUGUAGCAUUGUUCCUGGAAGUUCACUUCCAUCAUUGGGUUACAUAUUUUCAUUCGGACAGGACAACAACAAAGACGUAUACCUCUUAACAAGCAGUGGUGUCUAUAGGGUUGUUGCUCCAAGUCGCUGCAGUUAUGCUUGUGCAAUUGAGAAGACAACAACAAGUCCAAAUCAACAAUCAUCGUCUUCUCCAUUGUGUGCAAACAUGUUGAAGAGUUCAGCCAAUUAUCUAACUUUUCUUCUUGUUUCAACAAUUGUUUUCCUUUUUAUUGGUUUAAACUACUAGCGGGUGUUUAUAUAUACAUAUAUAUAUAUAUAUAGAGAGAGAGAAACGAGAUCAGGAGAAAACGCCUUAAAGUGUGAGAAACGGUGAGAAAGGUUCAUGGCUCUACACGUGGCACGUGAUAUAAUGAAGAGCAGAGGGGUUUUUUUGUCC